ACGUAUUGCACGGUCUGAAUGGUGGAGAGCACGCAUAUUGCAGAGACAGAGGAAACAGAUCUUUGUCAUAAACUUCUUGGACAGAACACGUCGAUUUUUUUAUAUCUCUGUGCCCAAAGGGGAGUUGAAGGGUGCAUAGUAGCUUGGAAGACUGAAGUAAACCAUACAGGCUGGUGCUUUUCGUAUUUCCCAAAGGCAAAAGAAGACUACGUCUGCGGUUGACGAGUCGCGAAUGCUCCACUCCAGUUAAAGACUGACCUCUAUUCAGAAGUAGGGGGAAAUACAACUGCAUAGAAGAACCUCAAAAGAAUGGAAAAAAAUCAACUCCCUGGACCAAACGACAUCGUAAUGACCACACCUCCAAACGCCUACCAGCAAGAGCCUAUUACACCACCUAGGACCAACCACUCCUCCUCUUUGAAGCCCAACCAGGUUGGCCAGGUUGUGCUGUAUGGUGUUCCCAUUGUCUCCCUAGUGAUUGACAACCAGGAGAGGCUGUGCUUGGCUCAGAUCUCCAACACCCUGCUGAAGAACUACAGCUACAAUGAGAUCCAUAACCGCCGCGUGGCCCUUGGCAUCACCUGUGUUCAGUGCACUCCGGUGCAGCUGGAGAUCCUGCGACGAGCAGGGGCCAUGCCCAUCUCUUCCAGAAGGUGUGGCAUGAUCACCAAACGAGAAGCUGAAAGACUUUGCAAGUCCUUCCUGGGGGAGAACAGUCCUCCUAAGCUCCCUGACAACUUUGCUUUUGAUGUGACGCACGAAUGCGCUUGGGGUUGCAGAGGAAACUUUGUUCCUGCCCGGUACAACAGCUCCAGGGCAAAGUGCAUUAAAUGCUCCUACUGCAAUAUGUACUUUUCUCCAAACAAGUUCAUUUUUCACUCCCAUCGCACCCCGGAAGCAAAGUACACCCAGCCUGAUGCUGCCAAUUUCAACUCAUGGCGGCGCCACCUCAAACUGACUGACAAAACUCCACCAGACGAUCUUGCCUUUGCCUGGGAGGAUGUGAAGGCCAUGUUCAAUGGAGGCAGCCGCAAAAGAGCCCUUCCCCAUGGCCACUGUUCCUCUCUGGGGCAGGUAAAGGCUGUCAACAGUGUACUCCCACACAUGAUCUCCCCAGAUCUUGGCCAGAAAAGAGCCAGAUUCGAUGAGGAUGAAGACGUUGAUGGGACUAGCCUGUCACCCCGGAAAAAUCCACGCAGCUACCCUGUCAUCCCAGUCCCAAGCAAGAGCUUUGGCAUGUUACAAAAGUUUCCUGCUACCUCUCUCUUCCCAAACCCUUACACCUUCCCAGCUUUCAGUCUUUGUCAAAAAAAGGACGACAGCGAGACACCCAACGGGCAAAAAAAUAGUGGACUUUCUGGUCUCCUUUGGCCAGGUAGAAAAGACACUUUCUACCCUCCCUUCUGCAUGUUCUGGCCACCAAGGACAACAGGCGGCAUACCAGUCCCCACCUACCUCCAGCCUCAGCCCAACGCCCUCACCUCCCUGACGGAAAACCCUACAUUGCGCCAGGCUUUCCUAGACCUUUCGGAACAAAGUGAAACAGGGAGCCUGGCCAAUCCCAGGAGUGGGCUGUUCGAAAAUGACUGCACGUCUGCGACCAACGAUCUCCGGCCUGUCCCAGACGGGCGGCUCAAGCUGAUGGAAACGCCUUCUUUCCAGGCAAGGAAGGCCAGCUACCACUCUGCCUUCCGGCCAGUUGUGAAAGAUGCUGAGAGCAUUGCGAAGCUGCAUGGAAAUCUGGAGGAAUUUGGCUCCGACCGGCAUCUUUCUCCAGGGACAAGCUGCAGCUACCAAAGUGAGAGUGGUGACAGUGAUGAGGAGCAGGAGGUGGAUGUGGAGACCAAGCAGGAUGAAGAGGAGGAAGACUUCAACAACAGGCAGUGCAUCCAGCUUCGAGGGCUCACGGAGAAUGGGGAGAAUAGGAAUAAAGACAGGGUGCAUUUCCCCAGUAUUGCUGCAGAAGCAGUAGAGGACAAAAAUAGCCUGGCUGUCAAUUCACCUGCCAGUCUAAAAGACUCCAGCCCAAUUCACGCCUCACUGGAAGAGUCAAGCUACAAAGAUGGGCACAAGAACAGAGGGGACAGUCAAACAGCAUUUGCUACCAAAGAAAACAGCAGCCUUUCAGAGGAAAACAAAGAACAGAGCAACUUUUUUGUUUCAGACACAGACACUUCUGCUCCCGAAUACUGGAGGGAGACUGGAGGUGAUGAGAGCCAAGAAGCAAAUCCACCAGAAUCUCUAAAGAAGGAUGUGGAAAACAUGGAAAAAGAAGAGCUCCAGAAAGUGCUGUUAGAACAGAUAGAUCUACGAAGACGGCUGGAACAGGAGUUUCAUGCACUGAAAGGCAAUGCUACUUUUCCAGUGUUCCAUAACUUUCAGGACCAAAUGAAGAGAGAGCUGGCAUACAGAGAAGAGAUGGUUCAGCAAUUGCAAAUGAUUCCCUAUGCAAGCCUAAUAAGGAAAGAGAAAAUCGGGUCCCAUCUCAACAAAAGUUAAAAGGUACCUGAAGUACACCUGCUAUUAGCUACAAUCACCUGCCCAGAGCUUCCAGCAGAUCUCUGGAAGAAAUCAUGUUAUUAACGUAAGGGUUCUCCACAAGGCAACCCAGACACAAGUGACCUCAUACCCAUACACGGACUUGAAAGUGUAAAAUUAGCAAAGUUAUAUUACAAGGAUUUUCCAGUGGUAGGACAGGGAGCACUGGUUCUCAGCUUCGUAUUUGUUCCUCUUUGCGAAAAAAGGACUCCCCUAUCCUCUUUCCUCCACUCUACACCCUGGUAAGGUCGGCAAAAGUUGUAAGAUAGACCACCCAAGCCUUUUCAUUUUUCAGACUGAUACAGUACCUGUAAAAUGAAUGCAUAUCUUUUGUUUGCUUGGUCAUUAAACUGAAGUGACAGUAUCAUCCUGCUGUCAUCUGAGGAUGAAGGAAGUUCAUUUCUGAAGAAAACUGCGCUGGAGUGAAGUGAAAUGUCACAGAACCACAGAAAACCGUUGCCCAUUUUUUGGGACUGUAAUUAAAAAAAUAAUGAUAAACCAUUAUGACAAACUGUUACUGCAAAUGUAUUUAAAUUAUGUUCUUGUAGUUUCUUUACUAUUUA